AUAGAAGCGGCCAGAGGUGUCCUCUCAUACGGUUAUGCUCAUUGCAGCCAUGCAAAGAGGCCAAACAAUGGAAACGACAUUUAGACAGGAUAGACCCAUAUUAGGUCGCGGGUCCCAGAGGAACACGAGAAGUCGGAACGAGGUCGCGCGGAUACCUCGGGACGACAAGCAGCAGGACAAGGUCAUCAGACCCAAAGUUUCUGACCGCAUUAUCCAUGCCGCGAUUCCAAUUGCCUGAAGGAUGCAGAACCUCAGAAACAACAGCCACUCGCAGGUCUGUUCUACUCCUCUUCCCUUGGCUAACAUCCAUGUCAGCCGCCGCUGGUUGGUCGUCUCAUUGCCGCCCUUUUCUCUCUUGUCGUCGAAUCUGUCUGGGCAACUGCCAGUCAAAAAGACCCCUGAGCUUACCAUGGCCCCGGCAUGGUUGGAUUGCCGUCAUGCCCCAGCGGACGACCGAAUAUCGCUGCAACACUCAGUCAGACCAGACUGGAUCAAGGCGAGAGAAGCCAGUCACCAUACAGUACUCCGUAGUGUCUACGAUUUUAGGGCCUGUCUACCCCUCCACGCCCUCCUCGCAUGGGCCUGGGAUUCUGCUCGCACGUCCCUUGACAAGCUCAAAUACCACCUCAGCGAGGCACUCCACGUGCAGACUAAAACUUUGUACGCCCCCGAUGUCUGCACUCUGGCCGAUGCUGCCUCACGUGGAAGUAUCCACUGAUGUGCAGACCUUGCCGUUCAGAGCACGACAGUCCUACCGCCCAACCCACGCCAUAGGACAAUGGCUUGACCCUGUCCAACUAUCGUAUGAGCGCCUACGAACCGUCUCGCCUGGACAAGCCCAGGUGAGCCAUCGUGGGCUGUCGCAUAUCUUCGUGGGCACUGUUGCACAGCCGCAGAUAAUACUCGAUUGGAGUUGUGCUGGCAACGAGUUACUGGUCGAUCACUUGAGGUGCUGUUGGUGAACGCUGUGAGCGUCGUUACAGGGCAAUGAGGAGAAGAAGAUGGGCCAAGACCAAGGUUGGCU